AGCUGUCCCUCUCACUGCCUGUGGAGGAGAGCCCGGACUUCAGGGCCAGGCCGCAGACUUCGCCUGGAUCCCAAAGAUGGUCAGGGUCCCCGGUGGGAAAGUUGCUUCUCCCGGGAAUAAUUAUCCCUCUCUUGGAGAGUUCUCCUGCUAUUUCUCCAAUGACUGUCUCCAAGAUCUGGGGAGGAGAUUGCUUCAGCCCCAAGAACGAUGGACCUUCUGCUCCGGAUGCUGUUGGUGUCCCAGUCCGCCUCUGGGAGGCUUCGAACGAAGGGCCGGCUGAGUUUGGGCCACCAGGGUGAAAAACAGCCAUGGAGCUAUCACAGGCCAGGAGACCCCCUCACCGCUCCGAUCCCCCCUGGAACAGAAACAUCGCCUAGAGUCUUCCCUUUCAACCAUGCUCCGUCUAAUCCGGUUCCUUCAAACCCUACGCUUCGCUUUUGCUAUUCAACUGGUCAACAAGAAUUCCCAGCUGCUGCACAAUCUCACACUUGGCUACAACCUCCACGGCAACUAUUUGAGCACUUUAAGCGCUUCAGUCGCCUUGCUGGACAUUCUCUCCACUGGAGAAGCCGAUGUCCCCAAUUAUGGCGGUGGAAGGAGGGACAAUCUUUUGGCUCUUCUUCAUGGAGCUGCCAGGGACAUCUCCAACCAGGUGUCAACAUUAGCAGGCACUUACAAAGUCCCACAGGUCUAGUCGAUCUAGUAAUCCUCUUAUCUCUGACCGGCCCUUGGAUUUGGGUUUGGAAUCAUGUUGGGACUCCAUGCUGCUGGUGGAAUCUCAGGGAUGCUGCAGAAGGUAACCCAGACCUCGAAUGCUACGACUGGAUCAUCCCUUCAGGGAGAACCUCCAGAAGGCCUUGUCUCGUGAAGACGUUUCCACUCUCGGGCCUGAUACACGAGCUGAGGAACAAGAGGAGAGAUAUUGAGCAUCAGCAGAAGAACUUUCCUGGGCGCUUCUACGGAGAGAAAUGUCUAUGGAAGUUCUCCGUCAUGCAGGUCAUGCUUGUCCCAAAGUCCAGGCAAGUGGACUUUCUUGUCUCCCUUUGAAGACGUUUCUCUUCUCCUCCAGGAAGCUUCUUCAGCUCUGACCGGAUGGUGGGGAACGGAAGGAUGGGUCCCCCUUGCAGGCCGCUGGUCACGGGCCUUCUUCCAGGGAGUCCUUGAGGCCCCCCGGAGGUUUGCCUGGGUCCUCAGGGUCACUCGAGUGGGGCAAAUGGGCACAGAGGCACCCAGGGCAGAAGACAUCCUGUAGCCAAGAACGCAGGCCCCCUUUUCAGACUUACGACCGUGAAAGCAUCCCCUCGGCCGUGUGGUCAGAAUCUGGGCUCUUGGGAGCUGAUAUUUAUGACGGUGGCAGUGUCCCAGGGUCCCCUGAUCAUCUUUGGCAACCUUCUGAGGAGCAAGGUCGGGGGGGGAGCCCAAUUCACUGAACGGCUAUGGCAAGGAAGGUCGUAAAAUGGGGCAAAAGUCACUUAACACCCAUCUCACUUAGCGACAGAAAUUUGGGGCUCAGUUCUGGUUGUAAGUCGAGGACCCCCUGUAGAAGGAAACCACUAAAAGAUCUGGUUCAUCCUAAAUAUACGACCAGGGCAUUGGCUUAAGGACUGCUGCAUUCGGUUAG